GUCUCCAGCCCAAAGCAGUAGCUGAGUAGCAUAGCACACUAAUCACUUAGUACCUGUAGUCAUUAGCCACAUAACAGUUGGUUAAGCGUACCAUCACCCAUGGCUCUAGCAAGAGAGAAGAGGCUUCCCCCGCUCCACCUCUCGCUCAACGUCCCGUCCCGCCCCGCCGUCCAGGAGCCGGCCUUCCGGCACGCCAACCCUCCGCUCGCCGCGCCGCCGCCCGCGUCGUCGACCCCGCUGGCCCGGUCCAGCCAGUUCCGCCUCGCCGACUUCGACCGGCUCGCCGUCCUGGGCCGCGGGAACGGCGGCACCGUGUACAAGGUUCGCCACCGCGAGACGGGCGCGCUCUACGCGCUCAAGGUCCUGCACCAGGGCGACGCCGCCGAGGCGGACAUCAUCGGUCGCACCGCCUCGCCGUUCGUCGUCCGGUGCCACUCCGUCCUGCCGGCCGCGUCGGGUGACGUCGCGCUGCUCCUCGAGCUGGCGGACGGCGGGUCGCUGGACUCCGUACGGAGCCGCCGCGGGGCGUUCCCGGAGCCGGCGCUCGCGGAGGCGGCGGCGCAGGCGCUGUCCGGCCUGGCCUACCUCCACGCCCGCCGCAUCGUGCACCUCGACAUCAAGCCGGCGAACCUCCUCGCCACCGCGGCCGGCGAGGUCAAGGUCGCCGACUUCGGCAUCGCCAAGGUCCUCUCCCGCGCCGGCGACCACUGCACGUCCUACGUGGGCACCGCCGCGUACAUGAGCCCGGAGCGCUUCGACCCGGAGGCGCACGGCGGGCACUACGACCCCUGCGCCGCCGACGUGUGGAGCCUCGGGGUCACCGUCCUGGAGCUCCUCUUGGGCCGUUACCCGCUGCUCCCCGCCGGGCAGCAGCCCAACUGGGCGGCGCUCAUGUGCGCCAUCUGCUUCGGCGAGCCCCCCGCGCUACCCGACGGCGCCGCGUCGCCGGAGCUCCGGAGUUUCGUCGCCGCCUGCCUGCAGAAGGACUACCGCAAGAGGGCGUCCGUCGCGGAGCUGCUUGCCCACCCGUUCGUCGCCGGGAGGGACGUGGCCAGGUCGAGGCGCGCGCUCCGAGAGCUAGUCGCCGAGGCCUAGCUCUCGUCCCCGCCGUCGCUAGCGCGGCAUCAUCUACCUGACCGCCGGAGGCAGACACAUAGACACGACCAAUUUUUGUUAGACCUGUACAUGGUGCUGUAGGAUUGAUGUACAUUUGCACAGACCAAACCCGAUUAGAGCUUAGUUCUCUUGUUGCACAUAUGUUAGGAUUAGGAUUAGAUAUCACAUAGUUGAAAUGUAAA